CUUAGGCACAAAGCAAAGAGGUGUGAGGGAGAGAGAAACAGAGAGAGCGGGGAGAGAGAGAUAAUUAGAAAGAGAAACAUUAGUAGUAACCAAACCAGCCAUGUCCCUCUUACGUUGUUUUGGGACAUUCCCCAAAACUGGCAUGUUUCCACUUUUAUCUCUUCUUCUUUCUCUCUUCCUAUUAUUCUCCUCCUUCGCCAUAGCCGACGCAGCCUUCAACCUCGCCACCGUCCCCUUCAACGCUGCCUACUCUCCCCUCUUCGGCGACUCCAACGUCGUCCGCUCCUCCGAUGGCCGCGGCGUCCGCCUCCUUCUUGAUCGCUUCACAGGUUCGGGUUUCAUUUCCUCCAAUAUGUAUCAGUAUGGAUUCUUCAGCGCCAAUAUCAAGUUGCCUUCCGAUUACACAGCAGGCGUUUGUGUCGCAUUUUAUACGUCAAACGGCGAUGUGUUCGAGAAGACGCAUGACGAGCUGGACUUUGAGUUCUUAGGGAAUAUCGGAGGGAAGCCGUGGAGGUUUCAGACGAACCUGUACGGAAACGGCAGCACCCACCGCGGCCGAGAAGAACGCUACCGUCUCUGGUUCGACCCUACCAAGCAGUUUCACCGAUACAGCAUCCUCUGGUCUCCCACCAACAUCAUAUUCUACAUCGAUGAGGUUCCAAUAAGAGAAGUGGUACGUAGUGAAGAAAUGGGAAAAGAAUACCCUUCAAAGCCAAUGUCCUUGUACGCCACUAUAUGGGACGCUUCAAGUUGGGCUACCUCAGGCGGCAAAUACAAAGUCAACUACAAGUAUGCACCUUUUGUUGUUGAAUUCAAAGACCUAGCCCUUCACGGUUGCUCCGUCGACCCGAUCCAAGAGGUUCCCGACAUCGACGAUAUCUGCUCCGACCACCACGCCUACCUCCUCGCCCAAGACUACGCCACCAUCACCCCCAUGCGCCGCCUCGCCAUGCGUCGGUUUCGCCAACGUUACAUGUACUACUCCUAUUGUUAUGAUACGUUGAGGUACCCUGUGCCAUUGCCGGAGUGUGUCAUUGAUCCAACAGAGAAGCAACGAUUUAAGGAGAGCGGUAGGUUGAAGUUUGGUGGCAGCCACCGCCGACAUUCCAGGCGGAGAAACCGAAAUGCUGCUCCGGUGGAUGAUAGUGAUGAGGCUGAUUGAUGAUUGAGCACGUGUGUACAUAAUAUUGUGUUGCAUUUUUUUCUCUAGGAAAAUAAUAAAAAUGUUUAGAUUAAUAAUAUGUUCGAUUUUUUGAAUAUGUGAUGUGUGAUCAUGUAAUUAAUAUUCAUGACAGAUGUGUGUUAAUUUGGGUCAGAUUUUGACCUCAAA